GGCCCGACCGGGGCUGCGCCCGCGCGGGGACCGCCACCGCCUCCGCCACAGGCCCGGCGCGGCGCGGCGCCGCCAGCGCGCCUGCAUGAGGUUGAUGCUGCUGUGCUGCACCUGGAGGGACGAGCCUAUGGGAGAGGACGAAGGGACCGACCUGCCAGUGUGUGCGAGCUGCGGGCAGGGCAUCUACGAUGGGCAGUACCUGCAGGCACUGAAGGCUGACUGGCACGCCGACUGCUUCAGGUGUUGCGAGUGCGGGGCCUCCCUGUCACACCAGUACUACGAGAAGGAUGGGCGCCUGUACUGCAAGAAGGAUUACUGGGCACGCUUCGGGGAGCUGUGCCACGGCUGCUCCGAGCAGAUCACCAAGGGGCUGGUCAUGGUGGCCGGGGAGCAGAAGUAUCACCCUGAGUGCUUCAGCUGCCUCAACUGCCGCGCCUUCAUCGGGGACGGGGACACCUACGCGCUGGUGGAGCGCUCCAAGCUCUACUGCGGCCACUGCUACUACCAGAUGGUGGUGACACCGGUGAUCGAGCAGAUCCUGCCGGACUCCCCGGCCUCCCGCAUCCCUCACACCGUCACCCUCGUGUCCAUCCCUGCCUGCUCCGAUGGCAAGCGCGGCUUCUCCGUCUCCAUCGACCAGGGCUGCGGCACCGAGCACCCGCGCACCGUGCGCGUCCGAGAGGUGGACCCGGACUGCAUCAGCCCUGACGUGAAGAACUCCAUCCACGUUGGUGACCGCAUCCUGGAGAUCAACGGGACCCCCAUUGGCCACGUCCCCCUGGACGAGAUCGACCUGCUGAUCCAGGAGACGAGCCGCUUGCUGCAGCUAACCAUCGAGCAUGACCCCCAUGAGCCCCUGGGCCAGGAGCCAGGGCUGGCAGGCAGCCCCCUGCCCGCCCUGUGCAGCCCCCUGCGCUCACCAGCCCCUGUGCCCUGUGGGGACCCCGCUGCCAUGCGCCAGCGCGCUGUCACGAGGAGCUGCAGCACGGACAAGUCCCCAGGCUCGGGCUCCGUGGGCUCUCCCGUGUCCCAGCGCAAGGACAUUGGGCGCUCCGAGUCCCUGCGUGUCGUGUCCCGUGCCCACCGCAUCUUCCGCCCCUCGGACCUCAUCCACGGAGAGGUGCUGGGCAAGGGCUGCUUCGGCCAGGCCAUCAAGGUGACACAUCGGGAGACGGGCGAGGUGAUGGUCAUGAAGGAGCUGAUCCGCUUCGAUGAGGAGACGCAGAGGACCUUCCUCAAGGAGGUGAAGGUGAUGCGCUGCCUGGAGCACCCCAAUGUGCUCAAGUUCAUUGGGGUGCUCUACAAGGAGAAGAGGCUCAACUUCAUCACAGAGUACAUCAAAGGGGGCACCUUGAGGAGCCUCAUCAAGAGUAUGGACAGCCACUACCCCUGGAGCCAGCGGGUCAGCUUUGCCAAGGACAUCGCCGCUGGCAUGGCCUACCUCCACUCCAUGAACAUCAUCCACCGCGACCUCAACUCUCACAACUGCCUCGUGCGGGAGAACAAGAGUGUGGUGGUGGCUGACUUCGGGCUGGCGCGGCUGAUGGUGGACGAGAAGAGCCAGCCUGAACAUCUCAAGAACCUGAAGAAACCGGACCGCAAGAAACGCUACACAGUGGUGGGGAACCCCUACUGGAUGGCCCCCGAGAUGAUCAAUGGGAGGAGCUAUGAUGAGAAGGUGGACAUCUUCUCCUUCGGCAUCGUCCUAUGCGAGAUCAUCGGCCGGGUGAGCGCCGACCCCGAUUACCUGCCCCGCACCACCGACUUCGGCCUCAACGUCCGGGGCUUCCUGGAACGCUACUGCCCCCCCGCCUGCCCCCCCAGCUUCUUCCCCAUCGCCGUCUGCUGCUGCGACUUGGACCCCGAGAAGCGGCCGUCCUUCGCCAAGCUGGAGCAGUGGCUGGAGACGCUGCGCAUGCACCUGGAGAUCCACUUGCCACUGAGCUCCCAGCUGGAGCAGCUGGACCGAGCCUUCGGGGAGACGCACCGGCGGGAGGGGGGGCUGCCCGCGGCCCCGCGGUAGAGCCCCCGCCCGCACGCCUCUGCAGCCACGGGAGAAGGAGCUGCACCCGCCACCAGCUGCUCCCGGGGCUGCCUCACCCCGGGGCUGGAUCCCCGGGCCCCUGGACGUGCCCCAACCCCUGCUGUCCACCCCGGGGAGCCGGAUCUCCCCGGGGCCGCAUGGCCCUGGGCACCCCCCACGCCGUAGCUCUGACCACCAGGACCGGCCCGGCUGGCCGCACCGCGGUGACUGUCCCCGUGUCCCCCACCCUGGCUCACCUCCCCUUUGCACAGCGGGGCUGCCCCCGCCCGAGCCCCCGGGCUCCCCCGGACAGAGCCGCGGCCUUGCGGCGGUGCCUUGGCUUUCCGUGAACUUGCACUUGGACACAGGAGGGACCCCGCGGCCCCCCAGGGCACCCUCGUAGCAACGCCCUCGGCCGGCCCCUGAGGCUGCUGCCGGCACCCCCGGCUGAGCGAGGGGUCGUGGGCGACACCCCCGUGGUGUGGGGGCAGGCACGUAGCGGUCCCUGCCACCCCCACGCCUCUGCUGCCCAUGCUGAGCCCUGACCAUGCAGCCCCGGGGACACGCCGCCGGGUGCUCCAGAGGGACAUGGGGCUGCGGCUCAUCUCGGUCCCCCUGCCCUGGAGGGCCCAGGGGGUUGCGCCACGCGGUGCUUUUCAUGCUCUUUAUUCAGGUUCAUUUUUCUGUAAGAUAUUUAAAGAGAAGAGUUUGUAUUAUUUUUUCAUACAACGUAGCGUUUGCCAUUUGUCACUGCCUCGGUUCUGCUUUCCCAAAGGGAUCAAACUGUGAAGCCUCUCCGUGCACUUUUGCCCGGGAAGUCCAAGGUGACGUCCUCUGUGGAGGCGGGAAGGGAGCUCAAACUGUGAUGUACCCCGAGCCGUGAGUCAAUAAAUCCUUCCCCGCUCGCUG